CCGGUUCAACGGCAUUCUUUCCCGGCUAAAGAUAAUCCCUCUCUCUCUCUCUCUCUCUCUCUCUCUCUCCUACAACUCAUUCAUUUCUUCCCUAGGGCUUAGCUCUGGCAUUUUUCCCUCCAAUGCCACUCGAUUAUUCUCAAUUAGGGUCUUCUGAAGAAGAUCUGAGGGGUGAAGAAAAAUGAGCGCUUCGAGGUUCAUAAAGUGCGUCACGGUCGGCGACGGCGCCGUCGGAAAGACCUGCCUCCUCAUAUCCUACACCAGCAACACGUUUCCCACCGAUUACGUACCAACUGUAUUCGACAAUUUCAGUGCAAAUGUGGUCGUCAAUGGAGCUACUGUUAACCUUGGAUUGUGGGAUACUGCUGGACAGGAGGAUUACAAUAGAUUAAGACCAUUGAGUUAUCGUGGGGCAGAUGUUUUCAUCCUGGCAUUCUCUCUCAUUAGCAAGGCCAGCUAUGAAAAUGUUUCCAAGAAGUGGAUUCCUGAAUUGAAGCAUUAUGCUCCUGGCAUCCCUAUAGUUCUUGUUGGAACAAAACUUGAUCUUCGGGAUGACAAGCAAUUCUUUAUAGACCAUCCCGGUGCCGUGCCUAUUACAACUGCUCAAGGGGAGGAGCUGAGGAAGUUGAUAGGGGCACCUGCUUACAUUGAAUGUAGUUCGAAAACCCAGGAGAACGUUAAGGCUGUUUUUGACGCUGCCAUCAAAGUCGUGCUCCAGCCACCCAAGCAGAAGAAAAAGAAAGGAAAGGCACAAAAAGUUUGCGCCAUAUUGUGAAACAAGAAGUCUGAAGAGAUAAUCUCUCUUCAUCCGUUUCUCAUCAUAUUUGUCCCUCGUAUCCUUUUUCCCUUCCCUUUGUCUUUCAGGAAGCAAGAGGUCCUGGAUUGUAGUCUCUAUUGACUUUACUCAAGCGGAUAUUCGACUCCUAGCUCUUGGGAUCUCUUAAAAGCUGUGAGGUGGAAAUUUCAUUCUGUAUUGUUUCGUUCUAUAUCCAUAGAGCCUCGCUAUGUUUUACCCCCCUCAUUCUCCCCGCCCGGUUUUGAUUUGUUUUGAUGUACUACUAAUGGACCGGAAUUUCCCAGAUACGAGAAACUAUUGUCUUUACAAUGAUUGUUUUAUAUUCAUCAUCAAUUUAUAGAUUUUUUUGAUA